CGUCAUCUUUUCCCUCGUCUUUUUUAACCCCCAGAAUGUCUUGCAACAACUCUUCCCUCCUCCAUCGCUGGAGCACCUGCAUGGCAUCGGCUGCAUCAUGCUCCACGUCGACUUGGACUUGUCCCCGGCUGCCAUCAGCCUGGCGGUCAACAUCACCACUUUGCUCCUCGUCUCGCUUCUCGCUAUCCCCGCACUAAUUGCCAUUGUCAAAUCCGCCCGUCGCCGGAAUCCCACCGGCGAACAGUACGCUGCCAACUUCUAUCAGGAUAAAGAUGGAGAAGCCACCAAGGAAUCCAUCGCUCAAGUCUCCAAGAAGACUUAUGCGAUUUUCAACGUGAUCUUUGUUGUGCUCGGCUGCUCCACCGCACUCACGCGGGCGGUGCUGAUAGUCGUGUACAAACAACCGUUCCUUAUCGAGACCUGGCUUCAGUUCGGAUUAUGGCUCUUUCUGGUGGUUCAAUCGACCGCCGUCCUCACGAAAAACCAUUACACCGCUCGGUUUUUCCUGGGGUUGAUGAAAGGAUUGAGUUGCUUGAUUUCCAUCAUCGCCCUGGCAUUUGAGACAUUCAAUCGAUGGUAUUUUGGUCGGUGGGAUGAUGUCCAGGUCUAUCUCAUUUCUCUACAGGUCGGCUUGGCUGCUGCUGCCAUGUUGCUCAGCUUCUCCUUCCAGCGACGUCCUGAUGUCUUUAGGAAUGGAACCGUUGUCGACCAGGAAUACACCACUUCUGUCCUGGGCCGUCUGACAUUCAGCUGGGCUGCUCCGCUGGUUGGGGUGGCGACACGCAGCAACUUCAUCGAGGUGGAGCAGCUUGCCGAGUUGGAUCUGGAGACUCGUGCGAAGAGUCAGCAUGAUACGUUCACCUGGAUCGAAGAGAAGAUGAAUAUGUUCAAGUCGGACAAAACAGUGGGGGUGCCACAGCUACCAGGUAAAGGAUUCAACUUGCCCGGUCUGUCUAGCUUGCCAGGUUUGUCUGCUCUCGAUCAAUCAUUCACCCUGCCCGGUAUGGGUAAACCACCACUCUGGAGGAUAUUGCUGCUGUCCAACGUUCCCCAAAUAACCACCCAAGUCCUUGUGUCGGUCCCCCAAUGCCUGUUGACAUUCGCGCCCCAUCUCUGUCUUCUUCAAAUCCUGCGAUUGCUCGAAUUGCGCGCUGAGGAAGCGGCAGUCUUCCUGCGUGUUCUACCCUGGGUCGCAGGACUCGGCUUGUCGAUUGGAUUGUCUUCACUCUUUGAGAACUGGAACUUUUGGAUUGCCCAAAACAAGAUCUCUCUCCGUGUCUACGAGCAGUUGUCUGCUGUCGCUUAUGGCAAGGCCAUGCGACUGGACGGAUCUCUCAACAGAGACACCAGCAAGGAAAAGAACAAGGACAAGGCUCCGUUCCGCACGCAGAACGCCAUUAAUCUCGUUGCAGUCGAUGUAUCACGCAUUGUACAGGCAGCGGGCCUUUUGUAUAAUGUCCUUGUAGCGCCAGCCAAACUUGCACUUGCUUUUGUGAUCCUGCAGCGUCUGCUUGGAUGGAAGAGUAUGCUGGCGGGUGUUGCAGCUUUGUCUGCCCUCGCGCCUGUACACCACAAGUUCAUGGAAAAGUCAAAAGAGGCAGAUGCGAAGCUGAGAGCUCGUCGCGAGGAAAAGACCGCGGCAUUGACUGAGGCUCUCCAGGGAGUCCGACAUAUCAAAUUUGCCGCCUUGGAAGGUCGCUGGGAAUCCAAGCUGAACCAGCUUCGCAAUCUCGAAUUACUCGCUCAAGGAAUCGCUUCUGGAUGGAAGGUCGCCUCGUUUUCUCUUUGGAUCUUCACCCCGAUCUCUGCAUCGCUGGCUGCUCUCCCCGUAUACGCGACCUAUAAUGGAGAAUUACCCCCGUCCGUUGCAUUUACUGCAAUCGCUACUCUGACAACAUUGGAGUCGUCCGUGUCUGCUGUUCCAGACUUGCUCACUCAGGUUUUGGAUGCAUGGACUAGUCUGGGCCACGUUAGCAAGUUCCUCGAUGCCCCUGAGAAGGUGUCGAAGACUACACCGUCUGAUAUUGUCGCAUUUGAGAAGGCUACCAUCGCAUGGCCCGGAACGGUCGAGAGCAAGGCUUCGUCUUCAACCGAGGACGAUGAUUCAUCUGCAACCCUCAGCCAAGAGGCGCAUUCUGAUACAGAGUCUGGUGAUUCAUUCGGCCGGGGCAACGGUCCACCACCCAAAAUUUCAUCUGCGAUACGUGCAGUCAAGGCGCCGAUUCGUGCUGCUAAGGCUACAGUGCGCGGAGUCAAGGCAACUGUUCUUGGAGUGAAAAGGCGAGUUAUCGCUACGAUCAAGGGAAUCAAAAGGCAGGCUAUCAGGACCGUGAAUGGUAUCAAGACCCGAGUCCUCAAACGUGGCUUAAGUAUCGCAUCCGGCCCAAUUAGUGCUUUUAACCACCAAGCCUCUGUGCCUCAAGCAGAGGACGCGCCAUCUCAGCCCCAGGCCGACGACUCAUCCUCUGAAGAAGAAACACCGUACAAGCCUCCGUUUACGCUGGGUGGGCUGAACGCAGAGUUCCCCAAGAAUGGGUUGAGCAUCGUUCAUGGCCCAACAGGUUCCGGCAAGAGCCUUUUGCUUGCUGCAAUCCUAGGUGAAAGUGAAAUCGUCACUGGAAAGGUCAAGACCCCGGCACUGUCUGACGAAGAGGAUAUCUACAGCGCUGCCAGUGCCGCGAAUGAAUGGAUUCUUGACUCUGCCAUGGCGUAUGUCGCACAAUCCCCGUUGAUCGAAGCAUCUACCAUCAAAGAAAACAUUGUAUUUGGACUUCCCUUCAUUGAGGGACGCUAUGAAAAGGUUCUCGCUGCCUGUGCUUUGACUCGCGAUUUCGAGACCCUACAAGACAAAGACCUGACUGAGCUCGGACCGAACGGGGUAAACCUGAGCAGUGGCCAGAAAAUGCGAAUCUCACUUGCCCGUGCCUUGUACUCUCGCGCGGGCGUACUCAUUCUUGAUGAUAUCUUUGGCGCUGUCGACGUCCACACAGCCCGUCAUUUGUACAAGCAUGCCCUUACGGGUGAUCUGGCAACAGGCCGUACCAGAAUCCUCGCCACAAACCACGUCAAACUCUGCUUGCCUCGAUUGGACUACUUGGUAUACUUGAACAAGGGUUUGAUGCGUUCCGCUGGAUACGUAGACCAUGCCCUGUUGGACGAGCUGAUCGGUCGUGAAUGCGACGUUGCGCAAACGGAGUCCGUGAAGAAUAACGUUUCAUUUACCCGAUCAAUGUUCAAUUUCGUGAACAAGCAAGUCCAUGAUCGUGUAGUCGAUCCUUUGGUCGAACGUGCGAUCGAGCGCGCGAACGAAAUGGACCCGAUGAUUGGCCGUAUAGCUACAGCUGCAACGGAUGCCUUGGGACGUGCAUCGCCAUCAGCAGCGGCGGCGGUAUCUUCGGCGGUGGCUACUACAAGACCAUCGCUUGCGAAUGGAAAACCUGCAAACUUUGUUGAAGCCGAAGUUGGAAGCAGCAGCGUCACCUGGGGGGCGUUCCGUCGCUAUAUCAGAGAGUGUGGUGGAUGGUAUCUCUGGUUGCCGGUCGCUGUGGCUUUUCCGGCUUAUAUAGGAAUUAUUCUUGGAGAGAACUGGGUGAUCAAAUUGUGGAGUAGCCAGCCACACUCGCCAUCAGGAUUGUCGCGGGAAAUGCAAAUCUAUCUGGGUAUCUAUGGUAGUUUGUCUACUGCGGCAGUGAUUGCCGGUACUGUGGGAUGUUUCUUUGCUCUUACAGCCUCGAUGCAGGCUUCCCGUCGACUCUUCCACCAGACCAUGCCAAUUGUCUUUCGCACCCCGCUACGCUGGCUCGACACUGUUCCGCUGGGCCGUAUCCUAAGCCGACUCUCCGCUGACUUGAGCGUGAUUGACUCGCGGCUGGGAAUGGAUCUGACUUUUAUGGCAUGCUACGCUAUGCAGGUUGUGGGUGUCUUGGUUGCAGGCGUGGCUGCGAGCCCGCUCUCCCUGGUUGGAGUUUUCUUCCUAGUUUCAACAUGCACACCGUACGCUCGCUGGUAUCUCUCAGCAUCUCGAGCUUUGAAACGCGUGGAAAGCGUCACCCGGAUCCCGGUAUACGAACUAUUCGACUCGUCUAGUAUGGGUUUGUCGACUAUCCGUACCUACAGAAGGACGGAUGUCUACAUGGACAAGAUGCACGAGAACAUUGACCGACAUGCACGGGCAUGCUGGCAUCUUUGUCUUGUCAACCGCUGGUUAACUUUCCGGUUGAACGCUGGCGCUGCUCUAUUCGCAGUCAUCUCAGCCCUCAUUGCCGUGAUGCAGCCGUACAUCAGUGCACCGUUGGCUGGGUUUGCUCUCUGUCUCACAUUGCAGCUCAGCACCGCCAUGACGAUGGGUGUCAAGUCCUACGCCAAUUUUGAACAAGACGUCAACAGCGUAGAGCGAGUGCUUGAGUACGCGAAAGUCGGCACGGAAAAUUAUGAAAACGGCGAGGACGCACCAGAGGCCUGGCCGACCGAAGGCAAACUCGAAGUAUCCGACCUCGCGGUCCAAUACGCACCUGGUCAACCCGCUGCCCUGAGCGGAGUGACUUUCCAAGCUGAACGCAACGAACGCAUUGGUAUUGUUGGAAGAAGCGGAGCUGGAAAGUCUACUCUGGCUCUAUCUCUGUUCCGCUUUUUGGAGGCCAUGGAAGGACAUAUCUGGGUUGAUGGUAUGGAUAUUUCGCAAAUCAGACUAUCUGAACUGCGCAGUCGAAUGGCGAUUAUCCCGCAGAACCCGACUUUGUUUGCGGGUACUGUGCGGUCGAAUCUGGAUCCAUUUGGCGAGCACAAGGAUGAGGUGUUGUUGAAUGCUCUGAAGCGCGUGCAGUGGAUUCCGAAUGACAAGAAGGAUGAAGAUCCAGAGGCAGAGAGAAAUGGAAUUGAAGGUAUCGUCAACGACAUCACUGCGACUGCCAACCAAAUGUCCGCAGCGGCAGACGACAUGGUCAACACAUUCAACACCUUCCUCGGCCGCGAGCAAAAGAGAACACCCUCUGCUUUGGAUACCCUCAUUGCAGACGGUGGCCAAAACAUCUCUCAAGGCCAGCGCCAACUUCUCUGUCUCGCACGCGCCAUGGUUUCCCCCGCGAAGAUCCUCGUACUGGAUGAAGCUACCUCGUCGAUGGACAAUAUGACCGAUGCAAAGAUCCGCAACGCCCUGCAUAGCACCAAGUCAACGAUGUUGGUGAUUGCGCACCGGCUGCGGACAGUUGCUGAUUUCGAUCGGAUCCUGGUGCUGGACGGAGGAAAGAUGGUCGAGUUUGGGCGUCCGAGGGAUUUGAUGCAGAUUUCAGAUGGCGUGUUUCGGGGGAUGGUCGAGGAGGAUUUGGAGAGAGAAGAGUUGAAGGAGAGGAUUAAUCUUCCUAUUGUUCGGGCGUAAAAGCACUUCUCGAUAUUCAUAUUUAUACUUCUAUAUACAAUGAACAUUAUUUCGCAUAUGAAGGGACUUCCUCUCCCUGUUUCCACACAUAUUUCGACCCUGGAUGCGACUCUUUCAGCCGAUUCUGUCCUUGUCCAUAUACAUUCUCUCUGAAUGUCCCUCCUUUGACUGCAUAAUCAUCCCAGAAUAGUCCCCGUCGCCUCAACUCGGGCAACAACAACUCGAUAAUAUCAUCAAAUGUCUCGGGGAUACUCGCAUAACUCAGAUUGAACCCAUCAAUACCUGCAACGUCCACCCAUCGCUCCAACUCAUCAGCCACAGUCUGUACGCUCCCGAUGAUCUUCGCCCCGUUCCCUCCAAGCACCAGAUACUCAGC